AGUUUUACACGUCCAGGAAGAGGCUCCUGGCUUGGUAAAGGCGGCCCAGAUACAGGACAAGAACAAUCCAUCAUUUCUCUGGAAAACUUGGUCUUUGGAGCUGGAUACUGUAAGCCGACUUCCUCAGAGGGAAGCUUCUACGUCCCCUCAGAGAACUGCAUGCAGCACGCACACAAGUGGCACCGAGACCUGUGCCUGCUGCUCCUUCACGCCUACCAGGGACUCCGCCUCUACUUCCUGUUGAUCAUGCGGGACAUCCCAGAGCUGCCCCACACAGAGCUGGAGGCCCUUGCUGUUGAAGAAACACUUUCUCAGCUGUGUUCAGAGCUACAGAUGCUGAACAAUCCAGAGAAGAUAGCUGAGCAGAUAAGUAAGGAUCUCGCCUGGCUUGCCUCCCACAUGAUGGCUCUGUGGACCCAGUUCCUGGAUGUGGUGACCCUUCACUCACAAGUAACGACUUAUCUCACCCAGGAACAUCACAGCCUGAGGGUCCGAAGGUUUUCUGAGGCCUUCUUUUAUAUGGAGCAUCAAAAACUUGCAGUUCUCACCUUUCAGGAAAAUUUGAUACAGACCCACAGCCAGCUGUCUCUGGACAUCCGGAAUUCUGAGUACCUCAGCAGCAUGCCCCCACUGCCUGCAGAGUGCCUGGACAUUGAUGGUGAUUGGAACACCCUGCCAGUUAUCUUUGAGGACAGAUAUGUGGACUGCCCUGCAACAGGGCAUAAUUUGAGUGUUUAUCCUGAUUUUGAUGUUCCAGGGACAAGUCCCACAAUAAUGGAUCUAAAAGAUAAAGAAGAGAAGCGUAUUUUAAAUAGCAAUUUAUCUUUUAGGGAAGACCUUGUCUUGUCUACCAUGAAAUCACCCCAAAGGGACUCUGAUGAAGAGGUUACUAGGUGUCCAGAGCCAGAUGAGAAGGUUACCACACAAAAUCAUGUGAACAUGUGCCCUGAAUCUCAAGUGUAUCUGACAAUUGGUGAAUUGCAGAACAAAACAGGCAUUCCUGAAGAUGAAUGUUGGACUGGCCAAAGGUCUGAUGUUGGAACAUAUCCAUUGGCAGAUGCUGACAUAUCUAGGAAUCCAGGCCCAGAGGAUGGACAGGCCCCAGCACUGACCUACAUUGAUGUAAAAUCUAGCAAUAAGAACCCCUACAGAGCUGAACCCACAGUGGUCAUUAAUGCUCAGCAUGAAAAUAAGAGUUCUAGAGAUACGCAUGGAUUAGACAGGACUGAACAAAGCAAAGUGGUAGCAGGUGGAACUCAUCAAAAUGCGUCAGACAAAACAGUUGUCCAUGAAUUAAGUACUGUAGGAAAGGGAAGAGACCAAGAGAGUAAGAUGGUGCUGCUCAGUCUGAAACUCAACCCCGCCGAGCCCUGUGAUCCACUUAACUCUACCCCGAGGGAGCCCUUAGAUAUUAAAUCUUCCUUAAAGGAUUCUCACACAGAAGAGCAGGAGGAACUGUCAGUGCUCUCUGGGGUCAUCAAGAGAUCUUCUUCUAUCAUAUCUGAUUCAGGCAUUGAGAGUGAGCCAAGCUCCGUCGCCUGGUCUGAGGCCCGAAGCAGGGUCCUAGAGUUACCCAGUGAUCGAGAAGUCUUGCAGCCAUUUGUUCGAAGACAUGCCCUCCACAGGAACUCCUUAGAGGGUGGGCACACAGAAAGCAACACGAGCUUGCCAAGUGGCAUCCAGGCUUCUCUCACCUCCAUCAGCUCUUUGCCUUUUGAGGAGGAUGAGCAGGAGUUGGCACUGACCAAGUUAACCAAGUCUGUAUCUGCACCACACAUCAGUAGCCCAGAGGAUGCUGCUGAAGAUACUGACACCAUGCAGCCAGGUGAAGGUUUUACUGAACCUUCAGAUACGCACAGCAAGAGUAAAGAUUCCCCUGAACACUGCUCUCAACUUUGUGGUGGCUCCAGAAUCCAGGACACUGUGAUAGACCAUUCCUUGGUGGAAAUAAUUUUAGAUGCUGACAGCCAGCAGGGCCCUGGUUACAUAGAUAUCCCCAAAGGAAAAGAAAGACAGUCUGAUCCUCAAGAACACUGUUGUCUUGAUGGGAGGACUGAAAACACUCCAGGUGUUGAAACCAAAGCUCUUAAUUUAAAAAUACCAUGUAUCGUAGCACUUGAAAACUCUAGGACCAGAAUUCUUCAUAAAGCACUAAUGGAAACCCCAAAGAGCAUGCCUAAAGACUUGAAUAAGGGCCAACUAGCUCUUUCCAACAGUGGCAUCUCAGAGGUUAAGGGUCUCUCCCACCAUCAGGUGCCUGAAUUGAGCUGCAGGUCAUCUACUGAUGCCAUCAACAUGAAUUCAACAGGCGAGCAAAGACGAAGUGGUUCGCCUUGCGUUACGGAUGACACAGCAUUCAGUAGAGAAGCAAAUGCCUUUCCAGAGGUUGAAUAUAAAGCAGACACUGUGUGCCCCACUGUGACUCACUCGACUCACUCUCAAGUUUUAAGAAAUCAAGAACCAAAGGCAGACACUUCAGUCCUGGAGUCCCAAGUGACCUCUACAGAGACCUUUUCUAUGGACACCCUGAAGGCUGUGGAAGUCCUUAACUUAUCUGUGUCUUGCACAUGUCUCCCUUUUUCAUCUGUGCCCAAGAAGACCCCUGCCAUGGCUGGAUUCUCAUCCAAACAGACUCCAUUUCCCAUCACUCAUCAACCUUUGGGUUCCUUUGGACUUGUUUCUACCCAUUCCAGCAAGUUGGAGAAAGAAGUCAGUGAAAGGAUGUUUGGUUUUUUUCAGGCCAAAGAAAAAUUUAAAAGAGAAUUGAAGAUUGAAGGAUUUCUGUACAGUGACUUAACUGUACUAGCUUCUGAUAUACCGUAUUUUCCACCAGAGGAAGAGGAAGAAAAUUUGGAAGAUGGGAUUCACCUGGUUGUCUGUGUCCAUGGCCUGGAUGGGAACAGUGCAGAUCUCCGACUGGUAAAGACUUUCAUAGAACUGGGGCUCCCUGGAGGAAAGCUGGACUUCCUAAUGUCUGAAAAGAACCAGAUGGACACAUUUGCAGAUUUUGAUACCAUGACAGAUCGGUUAUUGGAUGAAAUCAUUCAACACAUUCAGUUAUACAACCUCUCCAUAUCCCGAAUUAGCUUCAUUGGCCAUUCUCUUGGCAACAUUAUCAUUCGAUCGGUCCUCACACGGCCCCGGUUCCGAUAUUACCUCAACAAACUCCACACAUUCCUGUCACUGUCUGGGCCUCACCUGGGGACCUUGUAUAACAACAGCACCUUGGUUAGUACAGGUUUGUGGCUCAUGCAGAAAUUGAAGAAAUCCAGGUCCCUACUGCAGCUGACCUUCAGGGAUAAUGCUGAUUUGCGCAAAUGUUUUCUCUACCAACUAAGCCAAAAAACAGGGCUGCAGUAUUUUAAAAAUGUUGUGCUGGUUGCUUCUCCCCAAGACCGCUAUGUGCCAUUUCAUUCAGCCAGGAUUGAGAUGUGUAAAACUGCCCUCAAAGACAGACAAACAGGGCCAGUUUAUGCGGAAAUGAUCAACAACCUUCUGGGCCCUCUGGUGGAAGCCAAGGACUGCACUUUAAUCCGACACAAUGUGUUCCACGCCCUGCCCAACACUGCCAACACCCUGAUCGGCCGAGCUGCUCACAUCGCCCUGCUGGAUUCGGAACUCUUCCUGGAGAAAUUUUUCUUGGUGACGGGACUCAACUACUUCAAGUAGUAGCUUUGAGGGAGCAGACCUCGGGUAACAGCGAGCAUUAGCUGAGAUGUGCAUCUAUAGACCUUUUCAUUUCAGGGUGAAGCUACAAGAGAACAGCAUUGAGGGAGAGAGGUUGGGUGAAACUGGACAUUAGAGGUGCUUUUGUUGUGGAGAUUUGGGAAAGCUAAGCAAAUAGUGUAAGUGACAACAAACUUUGCCUGGAUGCUUCUAGCCACCUGGAGUCACAUUCAAGAUGCUUUCUAGUAAAAACAUCAGAAAAUAAAGAAACAGACUCUUUGGAGUUGAUGAACCCACCUUUUUUCAGCCACCACUGGCUCACUGAAAGAUUGCUAUAACUUAAAUAGACUUGCCCAAUAUGUUACUAGCUCAUAGCUUUAUCAUUUUUAUUAAAUUAAGUGCACACAAGCAUUUCAGAACUCAGGUUAACCUCUGUGCAGAAGUGGAACAUAUUUGUGUAAAUAGGAUUCUUAAUAGAUUCAAAUGUGCCACUUGUUAAGAAAAUGUGAUGCCCAUACUCAAAUUAUCUCUUCAUGUUUUGGGAGCAAAGAACGUGUUAUAAAUCCCAGUUGUAUGUCAUAACAGCUAUGACUGGGGUGGCUUAAUGCAAGAAGGGAUAAAGGCAAUGCUAUUGGUAAACACAAAUUUGUUAUAAACAAACAUAACUGUAGGGAACAUAUUGAACUAGUUUCUCCACCUACUUCUUCAGAUUUUUUGUAUGCAUAGCCCUGGUCCACAAAUUAUUUCUGUGAUGGCUUAAAUCUCUGUCUCUAGUAGGGAAAAUUGAGUGAGACUAAACCUAGCAGAAGGGGGCACUAAGAUUAAUGCGCACAUGUGUGAAGCUCCUGCUGAUAUAUUUCCAAAGAAAUGCUAUGUUAGCAUUUGAUGCAAUUGCAAAAAAUUAAAACCAUUAACAUGGCCAGCUGCUUCUCCAUGGAAGGAGAAAGACAUCUAAAUGGAGGAGUGCUGGAUUAUAACCUCAGGGGAGCUCUAAGAAGGGUGCUGGUUAUCUUUCAAUAGAACUGUCUUCUUGCCUUAGGAAAAUAAAGGGCUAGGAAGGGUCACCGUUGAUUUAAAAAAAAAAAAUUAGACAACAGGGGAAAAAGUGAGAUCAGAUGGGAGAACAACAGCCAGACUCAAGACUCAAACUGUUAUUGGUAAGUGACUAAAGGAGAAAUUUUGAGAAUUACCAGGAUGUUUAAUAUGGUCCCAAGGACUGAGUAUACUUUACGGGCUAAAGGAAGCCCAAAGGAUCAUUUAGUUACAUGGAAGGAAUUCACGAACUUGAAUAACUGAAAUGAAUAACACAGGAACCCUAUCUUCUGAAGAUAAAAACUGCUUCUACAAAAACUCCUUUCUAAAGUGCAGAAACUCAUCUGGGAUCAGAUUGCUUGUCCCAGCACCUGGACUGUGACUCUAGGUCACUGAUGCCAUGGUAACAAAGCAAGUAAAUCUAGACUUACCUGAAAAGGUUAAAUCUUUGUAUAUUGACAAUAUGACUUUGAAAAACAAAUGCUAGGCCAUGGAAAGCGAGUUCAGAUAAGCAACUUUUCAGAAAAGUAGGUAUGUUUAUUUCUUUAAAAAAAAAUGUGGCGGGGAGUUGAAUGAUUUGAAAAGGCAGACUUCUACGCAUGGAUUUAGGGUUUCUGUGAGGGUCUUUUUUGGAUUCCCAUUAUAUCCCAGUAUUAACAUAUAUGGGUUCACUAAUUCCUCUGGUCACUUUCCAUUGGGUAUUUUUUUUCUGACCUCCUGGGUCAGUGCUGGGCUUAGACUCUGGUUACACAUGAGCAGCAACGUAUUCACUUUAUAAUCUGGAAGACACUUGUUUCCCAGGUCUUACAGCCCAUGAUGUUGUGCUUUCUGACCUAGACAAGUGCCCAUGCUCAGUGCAGGACCAUAGGUUUGUAGCAACUUCUCCUUUCUGGCCAAAUGAUGGGCCCUAUUCCUUUGACAGGCACAUUUCAUGUUGUGUUUCCAAUUCCCAUCGCAAUGUUUGUCAUUCCCUGGUCGUUUGAAAGACCGUGUAGCCAACGGUUAUGAAGCCAGGAUGAUUCCGAUGAUCAUCAUCUUUUCCAAUAACCAGAUGCCAUUUUUAACUUCAAUAUGCUGUCUGGACAUAGUGAGAACUAAUGGCAAUAAAGUCCAGCUGCAUGGUGCACCUCUUUUUUAUAGGGGUGUUCUUCUGUCUUUGUAAAUCCUCUCUGGCCUCUGAGUAUCUAUUACAAUUGUGUAGAAAGUACAUCUCUAUAUUGUAAAUAAGAAUGUCAAGUGUUGCGUCUCAUGCCUCAUUUGAAAAGGCUUUUUUAUGUAUCUUUCUAUUGAAGUAUAGAUAUCUAAUAUAUAUAUAAUAUAAAUAUAUAUAAUGUAAAACAUGGACAAUUCUAUUAUUGAUUAUAAAAAUUAUAAACAAAAUGCCUGCCAAGAUAAUGGUCUAGUAUGUCUUCAUUCUCUGUGUAAUUUUUGUUUUUUGUUUUUAUGAUCUGUUAAGUUUUCCAGAACUAGUUAGAAAUAAAAAUUACCAAUACUGAGA